AUGACCCGCCUUUCCCUAACCCUCUUCAUCGUCCUCCUCCUCGCCGUUACCGUAUCAGCUCAAUACGGUUUCUACGGUGGUUACCCAAUGUACGGUGGCUAUGGAUACCCGGGAAUGGGAAUGUACGGAGGUUACCCUGGUAUGUAUGGAGGAUUCGGCAGACGAUUCGGAUAUGGUGGAUACCCAGGAAUGUACGGAGGCUACGGCUACGGCUAUAGACGUUUUGGAUUCUAUGGAUAG